AUGGUAGAGCCGUCCUACCUAGAAGCCGAAGACUCAGCCAUCGCUGACUUCUAUGCGGAGGCUCGCAAGAAUCGUGGAUCGGAAUCGGACAAGCCAGCCGAAGAGGACGAAACAGCAAUGGCUGUAGCUGGGUCCAUAGGUGGAGUGUAUAACCAGCCUAUCCACGAGUCCAUCACACUUUCUGCACUCAUGUCCGUCGAUGCCUCAGGAGUUUCCUCCACCCGCUCCCUCAAGUCUGCAACUAAUGGGGACUGGGAAUUUGUUCGUGGUGUCAUCUGGAACGAUGACCCCGCUGGCCUGCUGUUCGAUGAUACUUCUUCCGAGAAUCACUCAUAUGCAUGGGGCUUGCAAUGGUGGAAUGAGUAUCGUAAUGCCAAAUCUCAAUGGGACCAACCGCUGCACGGUGAGCGCUGGCGCAAUCCCAUUGGACGAUCCCACUAUGGCGACUUGCAGUUUCUCCAUUGCAUGGCCUCAAAAAUAGGGGAGUCGCCGCACGAGACGAAGCGCAAAAUCAUGACAUGGAUGGAGGUCAUGUACAAGCUUUCAAAAGGGGAGGACGGCAUCACUCCUGAUACCAAGCCAAAGGAUACAAAGCUGGAUCAAUUACUUGCUCCCCCUGCGGGAACAAUGGGUGGUUCUCUGCCGCCCCGAUUCCACCCUCUCAGCUACAUGCUCGCACCCAAGUCGACCUUCUCCAAUCUCGACAUCCGCCGCCGCGCGCUGGGCAGCAUGUUCCACGUCAUCCAGGACUCUUUCGCCAUCGGCCAUACACGCAGAGUGCCGAUAAACGGCGGGGACAUAAUUAGCCAAGACCCCCUUACUUUCCGACCUGGGGUCACUGAUCGCUGGGGGCCAAUUAAGAACUUCCACACUUAUCAUGGCCAAGAUGAUCACCAACACGCCCACUACGAUCACGGUAGCGAUGGGGUGCCGAACCCGUCGGACUUGCGUGAUCUGGAUCAGUGGGACCAGUUGAUUGGAUGCCGCGAUGCAGUGGACAGAUGUAUCGGCUUGGCCAAGUUGAGGUUCAGUGGAGCGUCAUGGGAUGGACAGGGAGGCGUGCGCGAGUAUCUGGAUGGCGUCUUUGAGAUUGCGCAAGAUGCCACGCCGGCAAACAGCGAGGACAUAAUCGCCGUCUAUAUUGCGAAACAGAACCGAUUGACGACCAUUCCCAGAUCUCAUUGGACGCCCCGCCCCAUCAUGUCAGACCCGAUCCUGGUCAACGGCAACAAGGUUGUGCCAGGAGACAUCCCAUCCCACAUACCACGAGAUGCGGCAGGGACGAACUUCAUACUGCUUCAAAGCAAGAAUGAGACUUUCAGUGCACUAGAAAAGGUCGAGUUGGCCAAAUUCGGUGUCGAGUUUCUUGAAUAUGUCGGCGAGCGGACCUACCUAUGCCGGUACGAGCCAAAGGAUCUUGGGGUCCUGGAACGAAAGACUUACGUCCAAAGUGCCAUCAUCUACCUGCGCGAGCUCAAGACCACGGAUGCACCCAAGUCAGCUGUGGAGACCGAGAAGGAUGAAGACCACUACGAAGUCGACUGCAUACUGCACCACAAGCCCAAUGUCACCGCGGAGGAGCUCGCCAGAUAUGUUGCCAAAGCCGCCGGGGUAAGCAUCGACGAGCUCCACGUUAGCGAGGCGAAGAUCCGACUGGUUGUAAACCAGGAGAAGCUCGAGGCACUAGCCAAGCUCGACAGCAUCAACAGAAUUGAGAGAGUCCACGCCGAUGAGAUUGCCAAUGACAAAGCUCGGGGCACCUUGCUCAUGAUGGCCGGCGAUGGUGGCAUGGCCAUGUCAUCCUCGACUUACCAAGGCGAAGGACAGAUAGUCUGCAUCGCGGACACAGGCAUCGACCGUGGCAAGAAGAGCACGGGUCCAUCAGACACCGAGUGCCACCCUGCUUUUGAGAACCGCAUCUUCGCUAUAGAGUCCCUUCACAAAGUGGAUGAUGCGAGUGACACACAUGGCCACGGCACGCACGUGUGCGCGUCUGUUUGUGGUAGUGGUAUCUACAAGGACCCAGACCAUGGCGAGAUCCCAGUCCAAGGCACCGCGCCUGCUUCACAGAUCAUGGUUCAGUCCAUUGCCAAGCCGGAGCCCAGACAGCUCGGAGUGCCCGCAGAUCUGUCCAAAGACUUGUUCGCAAAACCCUAUAAUCUAGGCAUCCGUAUACACAGCAAUUCCUGGGCCAAGGGUUGGUCAGACGUAGACGGUCAACCUGACUACAAUGAACAAGCGACCAACAUUGACCGCUUCGUGUACGGAAGUACUGCUGCUUCUUUGGAAGGCCAGUUCCCACCCCACGAAGACUUCAUUAUCCUUCUCGCCGCUGGCAACAAUGCGAAUCGAACCGGCAAUCGCGAAAAGUUCCCCAGUCAAAUCGGUGCCGCGGCCGCUGCGAAGAACGCCAUCACCGUCGGCGCUUGCGGCUCCACUCGGCCCAACAACGCAUGGAAGUAUAACGACAAGCCUAGGGCCAAAGCGGCGACUGGGAUCAACGACACGGCAGAGUUCAGCAGCCGCGGGCCAACGAAGCCUCUGAAAGGUACGGAUGGGCGUAUCAAGCCUGAGGUGGUGGCGCCGGGUGUGGCUAUCUUGUCGGCGGCUUCUCGCGCAUUACCUAUUGGAGAUCCAGAGAGGAAGUCCGGGGGGAUCUCCAAGGACAAUGAUUGGAUGUUCCUGAGCGGGACCAGUAUGGCCACGCCACUAGUCGCCGGCUGCGUCGCUCUCCUUCGCGAAGCCCUCGAAAAGACGCAAGGCAAGAAGCAUCCCAGUGCCGCUUUGAUCAAGGCGCUUCUCGUCAACGGCGCGAUCAACUUCAGUAACAUAGUCGGCCCGGGCUUUGGGUACGAUUAUGAGCAAGGCUUCGGCAGAGUCAUUGUCGACAGUUCCAUCGCCAUGAUCCACAAUGGGUCUUUCAUCGACGGUGGAGGUCUGAGAGGUGAAUCGAACCCUAACAGGGAUGCAACAAGCUUCGACGUUCCUGGUCUCGUGCAGCUCGGACCUCCCGAAUUGCAGAGGUGGGAGAGCGCCGAGAUUGAGAUACUGCGUGGUGGAGGCAGGAGACGCCUUGUGGUCACCAUGGCGUACCCGGACCUGCACGGCGCACUAUUGCAGAACUCGAUGAACUUAAUCGUCAGAUCAGGGGGUGUUGAGAGGCAUGGAAAUAUGGGCAAGGAUGGCGGGGAUACAUUCGACAACACAAACAAUGUGGAAAAGGUUCUUUGGGAUAAUGUCCCCGGCCCUACAUUCCAGGUCAUCGUGCAAGUAGCGAACAAUUUUAAUCCGAUGGCGGCAGCGUCCUUCGCUGCGGUAUGGGAUCUGCGCGAAAUGGCCAGGUUGUGA